AUGCGGAUCCUCGUUCUAGCUCUCACUAUUGCUGGCCUGCGAUCCCUCUCACCGCUCUAUAAUUCCAAACCUCUAGAUGAAACAUGGAAUGCCCUCAUGCCAGCCAUCUGGCUACAAUUAAUUCUCAGCUCCUCAAUUCUCUGCACAUGCAUCCCGACCCUCAAACGUGUCCUCGCCGAGCUCCAGACAGGCAUGAUGGCCGGUGUAGUUUCGGACUUUUUUGAGCAUUCCGUCUCGGGUCACACCAACUCAGGAGAUCGAUCGGCGUCCAAAUCUGAUAAUGUUGUUGGACAGAGAUCAGGAUCAGGGUCGGCAUCUCGCUCGCCAAAUCCAAGACAUUCACUAGAUGCCGAGCGCGUCGAGAGUCAAAAGAAUCUGCGCGAAAAUGCCACCGUUCAAACAAUCAACUAUGAGGCCUUUUACGAAGGUCCUGGUUCUUCCAGUGCCUCAUCUUCUCAUAACCAUGAGAGCGAUGGUUUGAGCAUAUAUUCACAUCGUGGAACCUGA